UGAAGAUGAAGAGGGAAAUAUUCGGUGGAAGGCAAGAGGAUGUCGAUAGUGAUAGCGGAGAUGAGGAUGACGGGGAUGAUGAAGAUGAUAGUGAUGGCGGCAAUGGGGAUGGCAGGAAUGAGGAGGAUGAUAGAGAUGUAGGCGAAGGUGAAGGUGAAAGUGAUGGUGGAGUAGGAGAUGAGGGGGAUGGUGGUGAUGUGGAUGAGGAUGAUGAAGAUGUAGAUAGAAUGAAUGUAGAUAAAGAUGAUGGUGGAGAUGGUGCUAAUGACGAUGUAGACAUGGAUUCAAUUGAAGUGGAUGAUGACACCUUUCUGCUUAGCCCAUGCGAUAUUACGGUGAUUGAAGGCAAGCGUAAAACCCCUUCCAUUAAAUGAACGGUUCUAUCGAGAUCUCGGCUCGCCGGACUAUCUACACGUUCUCCUUUUGUCCCGUUUUGUAAUCGAAAAGGUGUACCAAAAUAUCUGGGAAGGAAGUAAGGGAUGAUGAACGAGAACUACUCGAUAACUUUUGGAAGGACAAAAAGAUGACAAUGGAGACGUUAGUGUGGUCAUCAAGUGAUGCUUUGGUAACUCGCAAGGAUGCAUUGGAAUUAUUUAAAGGAGAAG